AUGUCUGAAUCAACGCCCGAGCAACUCCCCACCCUCCCCUCUGAUCUGACUCCCCAGUGGUUCAGUGCGAAGCUUGGGCACAAGAUCAAAUCAAUAGAGAAUACACGUAACAUCUGGGGAACCGCAAGUAAGCUAUUCUACACAAUUACCUACGAAAAUGAAACAGAUCAAGAAAGGCCGGUCAAUAUCUGCGUUAAGGGAGUGUUUGAUCCCAAGAUGAUCGAGGCUCAGCCAUGGACCGUCAGUCUGGCCCAACGAGAAGCAGAGUUCUUCAGUAAGGUUGCUCCGAACGUCAGCCAUAUGAUCUUUCCAAGAGGCUGGUGGAGUGGAACAGACGAGAAGCAGGGAAUUGCGAUCAUGAACGAUCUUGUCAGCGAAGGUUGCACUUUUCCGGCUGAAGUUGCUUCAUAUUCGGUUGAUAAAGUCAAGAAUGGUGUUGAGCAGCUGGCAGGUCUGCAUGCUCAGUACUGGGGCCAGAGUCAGGAGGACCAUCCAUGGAUCUGGAACAACUACGAUCCUGCCAUGACAUUCAUGUGCAGAUCGUGGGAUGAAGUGGUUAGAAGACCCGGCCGCCCCCAGCUCCCGGAGUAUCUAAUGGACGGGGCUCGAUGUAACGAAGCCUUAGAUCGCUACUACGCUGAGCGAAACUCACGUUUCCGAACCCUGCUGCAUGGGGAUACUCACAUCGGAAACAUCUAUUUCACAGCUGAUAACCGCAUCGGCUUCCUAGACUGGUCAGCUUUCCACUUUGGUUCAUGCUUCCAUGAUGUCGUGUAUCACAUGACGGCCAUGCUCAGCGUGGAAGAUCGCAGGGCCCAUGAGCUGGAGAUAUUGGAUCACUAUCUUGAGACACUUCACAAACUUGGAGGUCCCAAGUUUGACCGGCAUAACGACCCUGAGGUUAUGCUUGAGUACAAGCGGUCAUUCAUGACCAAUGUAAUCUGGCUCAUUUGCCCAGAUGGGCUACAAAGCAAGGAGCGUGUCGCAGCUUUGUGUGAGCGAACUGUUGCCACUUAUGAUGACCAUAAAGUCAUUGAUGUGAUUCUGGGUCAGCCAAAACCGGUGGCAUCAGCGCAGCUUGGAUAG